AUGGCAAUAUACAAUGUUUUCGAACACCUGGUAAGGUGCUGUAACUAUGGUGGAAAACAAUAUGGCCACAAUGACACCAUUUACAACAUUAAGGAUGACAUGGGAAUGUGCUAUUAUGCAGUUUGUAUAAAUGCCACUGUGAUCACAAUACAGAAACCCUGCACAUCAACAGAAACACCAUCUACAACUAAUACAACUACUAGCACAACACCUACUUCAACAUUCACAACUACUCCUACGCCACCUGUGUCAACAGAAACACCACCUACAACUAGUACAAGUACUGGCACAACACCUUUUACAUUUACAAGCACUUCCACUACUACAACUACUCCUACACCACCUGUGUCAACAGAAACACCACCUACAACUAGUACAAGUACUGGCACAACACCUUCAACAUUUACAACCACUUCCACUACUAUAACUACUCCUACACCAACUGUGUCAACAGAAACACCACCCACAACUAGUACAAGUACUGGCACAACACCUUCAACAUUUACAACCACUUCCACUACUACAACUACUUCGACACCACCUGUGUCAACAGAAACACCAACCACAACUAGUACAAGUACUGGCACAACACCUUCAACAUUUACAACCACUUCCACUACUACAACUACUCCUACGGCACCUGUGUCAACAGAAACACCACCUACAACUAGUACAAGUACUGGCACAACACCUUCAACAUUUACAACCACUUCCACUACUACAACUACUCCUACGGCACCUGUGUCAACAGAAACACCACCUACAACUAGUACAAGUACUGGCACAACACCUUCAACAUUUACAACCACUUCCACUACUACAACUACUCCUACGGCACCUGUGUCAACAGAAACACCACCUACAACUAGUACAAGUACUGGCACAACACCUUCAACAUUUACAACCACUUCCACUACUACAACUACUCCUACGGCACCUGUGUCAACAGAAACACCACCUACAACUAGUACAAGUACUGGCACAACACCUUCAACAUUUACAACCACUUCCACUACUACAACUACUCCUACGGCACCUGUGUCAACAGAAACACCACCUACAACUAGUACAAGUACUGGCACAACACCUUCAACAUUUACAACCACUUCCACUACUACAACUACUCCUACGGCACCUGUGUCAACAGAAACACCACCUACAACUAGUACAAGUACUGGCACAACACCUUCAACAUUUACAACCACUUCCACUACUACAACUACUCCUACGGCACCUGUGUCAACAGAAACACCACCUACAACUAGUACAAGUACUGGCACAACACCUUCAACAUUUACAACCACUUCCACUACUACAACUACUCCUACGGCACCUGUGUCAACAGAAACACCACCUACAACUAGUACAAGUACUGGCACAACACCUUCAACAUUUACAACCACUUCCACUACUACAACUACUCCUACGGCACCUGUGUCAACAGAAACACCACCUACAACUAGUACAAGUACUGGCACAACACCUUCAACAUUUACAACCACUUCCACUACUACAACUACUCCUACGGCACCUGUGUCAACAGAAACACCACCUACAACUAGUACAAGUACUGGCACAACACCUUCAACAUUUACAACCACUUCCACUACUACAACUACUCCUACGGCACCUGUGUCAACAGAAACACCACCUACAACUAGUACAAGUACUGGCACAACACCUUCAACAUUUACAACCACUUCCACUACUACAACUACUCCUACGGCACCUGUGUCAACAGAAACACCACCUACAACUAGUACAAGUACUGGCACAACACCUUCAACAUUUACAACCACUUCCACUACUACAACUACUCCUACGGCACCUGUGUCAACAGAAACACCACCUACAACUAGUACAAGUACUGGCACAACACCUUCAACAUUUACAACCACUUCCUCUACUACAACUACUCCUACGGCACCUGUGUCAACAGAAACAUCACCUACAACUAGUACAAGUACUGGCACAACAUCUUCAACAUUUACAACCACUUCCACUACUACAACUACUCCGACGCCACCUGUGUCAACAGAAACACCACCUACAGCUAGUCCAAGUACUGGCACAACACCUUCAACAUUUACAACCACUUCCACUACUACAACUACUCCUACGGCACCUGUGUCAACAGAAACACCACCUACAGCUAGUCCAAGUACUGGCACAACACCUUCAACAUUUACAACCACUUCCACUACUACAACUACUCCUACGCCACCUGUGUCAACAGAAACACCACCUACAGCUAGUCCAAGUACUGGCACAACACCUUCAACAUUUACAGCCACUUCCACUACUACAACUACUCCUACGGCACCUGUGUCAACAGAAACACCACUUACAGCUAGUACAAGUACUGGCACAACACCUACAACAUUUACAACUACUACAACUACUACAACUACUCCUACGGCACCUGUGUCACCUGUGUCAACAGAAACACCACCUACAGCUAGUACAAGACAGUCAAUAUUGGAUCAGAAGCACAUUGGCUCAGGGAUUUGUCUCACCAUGAUCUGCUCCAUAACCUGUGCAAUUCAGAACAGCACUGAGCUAUGUCCGUCACCUAUAUCACCUACACCUGCUCCACAAUAUGACUGUCCUAAAUGGAACAAAACUACUAACGAGACCUUCAGCAUAUCUAACUGCACUAUGGCAAAGUGCAUAAAGGGAGACGUCAUCGAGAUUGCCCCAUUGCAAUGUCCUCUGCUCCAGAACAUCACCUGUGAAAAUCAUCAGCCGACAGUUCUGGUCUAUGAUAAGCGCCAAUGCUGCCAGCAGUAUGCCUGUGAUUAUCCAUUACUGCGUCUUACAAUGAUCAAGUCAUCACACUUAGGAAUCACAUUGGAGGUGCAGAUCUAG